UACAAUAGUAUAUGGGAGAUUACAAUAGAUAGAAUAGGAUUAGGAAUUCUGUUAUUUACCUUUUCAUUUUGUACGGUUUUUGGUAAUACCCUUGUUAUUAUAGCUGUUGUACGUGAACGCUAUUUACAGACAGCAACUAAUUAUUUCAUAACAUCAUUAGCAUUUGCCGAUUGCCUUGUAGGCUUUGUUGUGAUGCCUUUUAGUGUUAUUUAUGAAAUUUUUGAAAAACGGUGGCUAUUUAAUCUAAAUUGGUGUGAUACUUGGCGCUCUCUUGAUGUUCUGUUCUCUACAGCUUCUAUUUUAAAUUUAUGUGUUAUUAGUGUAGAUCGCUAUUGGGCUAUUAAAGAUCCUUUUAGUUAUCCUUCUCGUAUGACAUACAAAUUAGCUAGCAUAUUGAUUACUUGUGUGUGGUUAGCAUCAAGUUUAAUUUCUUUUCCAGCUAUUGUAUGGUGGCGUGCUGUACGUACUAAUCGUAUACCUCAUGAUAAAUGUCCAUUUACUGUUAACUUAGAAUACAUUAUUUUCUCAUCAACAAUUAGUUUUUAUUUACCACUUUUUGUAAUGGUUUUUACAUAUUAUAAAAUUUAUCGUGAAGCAGUGAAACAAACGAAAAGUUUACGUAUUGGUACGAAGCAUGUGAUGAUUGCUUCAGGUGAACUUGAAUUAACACUUCGAAUGCAUCGAGGUGGUAAUUUAUCAGAUAGAAAUACGAUGAAAAAAAGUCGUUUAUUUUAUAGUCUUACUAGUGCAUCAAAAAAUCUGCAAGAUCUACAAAACUCGCAGCCUAAAAAUAAAACUUUAAAAACAUAUUCAACUAACACUAAUACUAAGCAAAGUUUAUCUGCACCAAAUAAAAACUUUUCACUUUCAAGAAAAUUUGCUAAGUUUUCAAAAGAAAAAAAAGCAGCCAAAACACUUGGUAUUGUAAUGGGAGUUUUCAUUAUUUGCUGGCUUCCAUUUUUUGUAGUAAAUCUUUUGUCAGGAUUUUGUGCAAAGUGUAUAUGGAGGGAAGAAAUAAUUUCUACUGCAGUAUCUUGGCUUGGUUGGAUCAAUAGUGCAAUGAACCCUGUAAUUUAUGCUUGUUGGAGUAGGGAUUUUAGAAGAGCAUUUAUUAGAAUAUUAUGUUGUUGCUGUCCUCAUCGAGUAAAAAAACAAUAUCAACGAGCUUUUCGAUAUAAAUAA